CGACUUCUCGAGGCAUGCCGCGCGUGCGCGCGCUCGCGGACGCGCGCGAUCUGACGAAUAAAAUCGUUCUCGUCCGCGUCGAUCACAACUGCGUGAAGCGCGGCGUCGUGCGCGACGUGCACAGGAUCGAACAGUCGCUGCCGACGCUGUACAACAUCGUCGAGCGCGGCGGACGACCGAUCCUGAUGACGCACGUCAAUCGACCGCGAAGCGCGAAGACGGGGGAGAUCGCGCGCGAUGACGACGAGGACGGCGUGGCGGCGAUCGUGGACGUGCUGCGGAUGAAACUGGGGGUGACGUUCGCGGCGCCGAGCUUUCGAAGCGACGGCGCGCGAGGGAUACGAAGCGUGGACACGAGCGUGAACUUCUUGCUGGACGAUCUGCGAGCGCGGAGGAUCGGAGGGAUAUACCUGCCGAACACGCGGUGGUUCGAGGGCGAAGAGGCGGGAGAGGGGACGGAGGCGUACGAGGCGCUGGCGAGACAGCUGGCGGGGUUGGCGGACGUGUACGUGAACGACGCGUUCGGGUCGUGGCAGGCGCACGCGUCGACGGUUGGGAUCACGAAAUACUUGCCGAGUUACGCCGGGUUGUUGAUGCAGAAGGAGCUGCGCGCGGUGGAGGCGGUGCUGAAUCCGAAGCGACCGUUCGUCGCCGUCGUGGCGGGGGCCAAGGUGGACACGAAGCUCGGAACGCUCAAGGCGGUGGCGGCGCGGUGCGAUUCGUUGAUUCUCGGUGGAGUGGUUUAUAACGCGUAUUUAUGCGCAAAGUAUGACAUCGAGGUCGAAGGCGUGAGCGAGGGGGACGUGGAGCUGGCGAGGGAGCUUCUGUCGCCCGAGGCGCAGGCGAAAAUCAUCGAGCUCCCGGUGGUUGUGGAAUCCACGUCGCUCAAAGGGUGCGGUUGCAUCCCUAAAGAGGGCGAGUGCGGAGACCCGAAAGAAACGCUAGGGGCCACGCGCGCGCUUCGAGUGAGCGAUCUCCAGCGCGGGGCUAGUUACGGAUACUUUCUCGACGUCGCCGCGAGUUCGUUUGAAGACGAAAAGGUGAAAAACGCUCUGCACGGAGCAAAGUGUAUCUUCGUCAACGCCGUCAUGGGGUUCACAUCCAGUGGAUUUCACGAAGGCACGACCGCGCUGGAUCACGCCAUCGCGGCGAAUAAGGGCGCGCGUAAAUAUUUUGGCGGCGGCGACACGAUUCAAGAGUUCAAGUCGCUCACGCCCGCGCUGUACUUAUCUGCCGCCGUAGACCCGACGUUUUACUUAUUCACCGGUGGUGGUACCGUGCUCAGAGCGUUAGAGUUGGGUGGCGCCGAAAAAUUGGAAACUGUGCAGUGUCUCAUGGCGGAUGACGACGAGGAGAUUGAGCCGCACGCCGAACCAAAGUGCAUGCGAUUCGCCGAUUGCGCGUGUUAG